UGUUCAUCAUGAACAUGAAAAAUACUUCUGCAGAGAUGUGUGAGAGCUCUUAUAGUUUUAUGGAGGAUGAUAUUUUCAUGGUAGGAACAGACAUCAACGGAGGUGUAGAUUAUUCAGCCACGAUGGGUAAUUUUCCUGGUUUUCAUAGGGGAGAUUUAGUUAUUACAGAUCGUCUUUGGAGUGGUAAUGCCUUUACAGAUGGGCAGCAGCUGACUGAACAAUAUCAUAGUGACGAGGCCUACCCUCAAGUGAUGGAUAUUCCACAAACUUCAACCUCCUCUCACCAAUAUGAAUUGGUUGAUUGUAAUCUCGAUCUCCAUGGUAGACCAAAACUAAAUAGUGCAUUCCGGAACUACAAGAAAGAUUCUAAAAAAGAAAUCCAUUUCUGUUUGGCAUCUAGAGUGAAACAGAAAUCGCUAAAGAGAUGCUUCAAUUUUCUAAGUAGGACGUAUAAAAACAGUAGAGACAGGUCAAGUUGGGAAGCAAACCAUGGGACGGUAGAGGAGUCAUAUGCUUUAACGCAUAAGAUUGCUGAGCGCAACAGGAGAAACAAACUCAAUCAGCAAUUUUUGGCUUUACGUUCUCUUCUUCCUCACAAUCCCAAGGUUGAUAAAAUUUCCACACUGACAAAUGCGAUAUUCGAGCUUAAUCAACAAAAGCUUCGCAUAGAGGAGCUUGAGCAGCUGAAUCAAAGUCUAACCCAUGCACUUAGAGAGAACUCUAUAAGCGAAGCUUGUAGUAGCGCAGCAGAUUCAAGAAGAGAUGCGUUGAUGCAGUGUAUCUGUGAAGAAGCUGAUGUACUUGUUGAGAAAACCAGCAUCCCAGAUGAAACCAUUAUUGAAGUAAGCUUGAAAAAGAUAGCAUCCAAUUGUACUCACAUGGACAUCAUUGUUACAGUGGAUAAGUGCUUGAGAGAAAUGAAUUUGGAGGUGUUGAGAAUCCAAUGGAGGGAGUUAGAUUCAUCAAAACAAUUAAUUGAGGGGACAAUCAGCAGUAGAAGAAAGGGAGAACGAUGGGAAGUAAACGAGAGGAAGAAGAUUAAGGCGGCGGUGAAAAGUUCUCUCACUGCGAGUUAAGAGACAUUAACCAGGGCUGUAUUAGAGCAUAGUUCUGGUCAAAUGUUGGUAAGACGAUUUUGCCAAAAUUUUGGUAAAAGA